CCGCCGUGCGACAGGUGACGCGGUGCACGUUCGCGCUCAAAAUUCAAAUUCAAAAAUCGAACGAACACGUCUCGCGUUCACUUUUACUUUUUCAAUUCCUUGUUACGUCAAAGCCGCGACACAGUUUCGUAACCAGUGUUUUUUUGUUGUUUACUUUUUGUGUUGUUUUGUGGUAAUUUAGUUCCUUUAUUUUGGAUUGAUAUUGAAAUGAAGUGACAGUUAUAAAGGAAAGGAUGGAAAGGAAAAGUGGAUUUGACGGUGGAGGAUACGCAUAAGAAGGAGAAACAUCCUGUUUAUGUGCGUCUUCUCUUACGUCGAUUAAGUGUUCUGUGAUGGCGGAGAGCGGGGGCUGCGUCAACAAAGCAUUUGAUGCUGUCGACGACGGCUUCCACACUAUAGACCUGCGCGGAAGUCGCCGAAAUGAUAGGCGACAUACGUCUGAAGGCGAGGCUGACUCCGAGAGUAAUGGCGGCGUGGGCGAGGCGCGGUGCGGCUGGGGCGCGGUGCGACCGACCUGGUUGCAGCGGUUCCGCACCGCCAAAUGGGCGCUGUUCUGGCUUUGCUGGGCAGGUGCUAUACAGGGUAUGGUGGUUAACGGUUUCGUGAAUGUGGUGAUCACCACGAUAGAGAAGCGCUUCGGUCUCCGCUCUAUGCAGACUGGCGUCAUCGCUGGCGGAUACGACAUGGCGUCGUUCGCUUGCUUAGCGCCGGUGACGUACCUGGGCGGACGAGCUGGAAGUAGCAAGCCGCGUUGGCUUGGCUGGGGCGUGCUGCUGAUGGGUGCCGGCUCCUUGCUCUUUGCACUUCCCCACUUCCUCGUGCCCCCCUACAGGGUCGCGGGGGAUGAGCCUGAGGACCUCUGUACACUGAAUAAGACCGUUUCAGUGAGCAGGUGUGAGAAGUCCUGGGGCGGUGAAGGCGGCGCGUGGGCGGUAGCAGUGUUCGUGGCCGCACAGCUGUUACACGGCGCUGGAGCCACGCCACUCUUCACUCUCGGCGUCACAUACAUCGACGAGAAUGUCUCCAAGAAGAUGUCCUCCGUAUACCUUGGUAAGUGGACCAUGAUAUUACAUCAUAAAGUUUCUAGAAUUUAGAGAUAAGAUACUGAGUUGUCAGUGGGUGUAGAACUAAAUAAA